AUGAACGAGACGAAGAUCGUUCUGAGCAUUGUGCUUGAUUUGGAAGAACGGAAGCACAACUUAACUACGAUGGAUGGAACGCAAAGAAUUAAGGAUUUUCCGGUGGCCUAUGGCUUAAUGGAUUUUCGACUGAAAUUUAGCGGAACAACAAUUGUGCUUCACAGCGAAUCAAAUAAGAAUAUGCAUUCUCAAACGUUCCUUUCGGCGAGCUACGUUGUCAGUGAUAUUCAGCGAUUCAGUAUUCGUGGAGCGAUCGUUUCGAAUAUUGAGCAUGUUGAGAAGUCUUGCGGAAUAAAACGAGAAUCGCGAGUGUCGAUGUUGGAGAUAGCAAGAAAUCGGCCCAGUGAAUAUUGCAACCCGAAUUCUGAGCAGUAUAGAAGCAUAAUGGAUCCUAGAACAUUGAAACUGCCUCAUAUCGUUCGACUGUUGGACCCAUUGCAAUCGAUCGGAUACCACGAAGAUGUUCGUUAUUUGCAAUUCACCGGUGAUUAUAGCCGAGCGUUAGACACAGUCGGUUUUCGAGUUAUCAACGGAGAUUACAUGUAUAAUGUUGCUGAUGAAAUGAUUGGUGAAUUUCAGCAAUUAUUCAAUGAUGGUGAAGUGGAGACGUUUUACAGCAAGAAAAUGCAAUUCAAAAGCUUCGAUUUUGCGAUAAUCGAGGCGAAUGUGCCGAUUUUUGAAGUGAAAUGGAUGUCGUCGAGAUCGAUGACGUCGCAUUCUUGCGGAUAUCGGGCGUCUGAAAGCGUGCAGAUGUCGUUGAAAUUGCCGAAAACGAAAUGCAAAAAAGAUCACUAUGCGAUUUGUGAAAAAAACGCAUUGGUGCAUAAUAUUUAUGAGAAGGUCGACACGAAUUUGAAUUCGACUACCAAUGAAAUUCUGAUGUCAGAAGAAAAGCCGAAGAAAACGUUUUUCCAACUUGAAUUUGUACGAAACUAUUGCGGCAAAUUGAAGAAGAAAUCGUGCCCGCUGUUUUGUUAUAGUCGAAAUUUUGUCAAUUGGGAAUAUUAUAGCGAGGAGUACUUUGAACGUCCGCCAAAAUAUUUGGAGUUUUUGAAUCGGCACGGUUUCGUCGAUUUCGACGAUCAUAUUCAUGAUGGCGAUACGAUUGUCUUCAACGUCUACCCCGAUCCGUUGGCGAUUUGUCGGGAUGCCACGACGCUUGAGGUCACGCUAACCGACCGUUCUGAAACCUACAACAUCUUAAGCUUUGUUUCGCAUCGGAAACCGAUGGUCCAUUAUUUUGUCACCCAUCAUCAUAGUAUAAGAAUACAUUUUAGCUUCACCGCCGGUGUUAUCGAUAUUCGAUUUCGAUUUGCCGGCUCAGAUGUGAUAACUUUAAGCCAGAGAAGUACUUAUUACACCAAAGCAAUUGUGCCAUUGAUUGGAUUGAAAUACGAAAAACUUCAACGAUUGGUUGUCAAAGGUGGAAAACUGACGGGUCUUGAGCUGUUUCAUGGAAAUUGCACAAUGGAGCGGCACACGUGGAAUAAAAGGUCGGAUAUUAUUGUGCCGCCUAAGCUUUUUGUGAAUCCGAAUUCGAAUCAGUAUAAUUCGUACAUGGUCCGCACACCGUUGAGAAUGCCGCAUCGCAUCAAACUGCCGGAUCCGCUGCAGCCGACGGGAACCGCCCGAGAUAUUCGAUAUUUGCACAUUAGUGGCGAUUAUGAGACGAUGGACGACACUGAUCCAUACUUUUAUGUCUAUAUUUACGAUUCGCGUAAGACGAUGAAUCAAUAUCUAAUAUACAUCAAAAUUGAGGAUGAUCUUCUUGUUAUGGAUACGAUAUCCGAACCACUUCAAUUGAAUGUGACUGGGCAAUUCACGUUCAGCAUCAAAAGUCAUUUCCGAGGAAAUUCCGCCGCCAUCCGAUUCCACUCGUUCUACCCCUACCUUUCGCACGACGCCUACAAGCAAUUCGAGAAUGACAGAGACGUCGAGAUGAAGCCGGCGAUCAUGAUGCUCAACAGCUGCGAUCUUUAUUCGAAAAAUGACAAAACUCCGGAUAUCGACGCACUUCGGCCCUACUAUCAAACGCUUAUCGACAAAUACAUUCCUGGAGCGGUUGCGUGGUGA